AUGAGGAGGAGAUCAACCGGAUCCGCCGCAGAGGAAGAAGGCGACGAUUCCACCGUACCUCCCCCCCUCGCGAAUGCCGCAGACCUCAUCUCCCCCUUCGCUGGAGCAGGGGCCAGCUCGAAGCUCGACGAGGUGACCAGAGAAAGAGACUCGCGGAACAUCAGGUCCACCGCCCGCCAGAUCAUCUCACAACACACACACGAGCUCGACCGCCGGAAAAGUACCGAUCAGAGACCGUCGACCGCCAGAAGCAGGCGCCCGAGUAACACCAAUUGGAGGCCGGGGGACGCGCGAAAUGGGCAAAUAGAGAAAAAGGGAGACACGGAGACAUCUUUGAUCAACGUCCCUUCGGAAGCCUCUGCCACCGACAAGAUGGCAGACGCUCGACAGCAUGCUCGCCGCUCGAGGCUGCGAAGUCCGUGGUCAUUAUCUCUCCUCACAUUCGUUACCACCGUUUUAGCGCUUUUCGCCUUGGGCUCGAUCAUCCAUUCGUUUUCCAAUCGACAGCUCGACACGAAGGGAUGCCGCAUGUCGUACAUGAGGCCGUCCUUUGCGAAGCUCUCGGACUUUGACACGGAGCACACUCGUUUUGCCAGCAAGUAUUCAGUGUAUUUAUAUCGGGAGGGUAUGGUCGAUGAAGACACCAAGGUGAAAGGAGUUCCAGUAUUAUUCAUACCUGGAAACGCCGGCUCCUACAAGCAGGUACGCCCAAUUGCAGCGGAAGGGGCGACGUAUUUCCACGAUGUCCUGAGACACGACGCGGCAGCAAUUGACGCUGGUGCUCGAAAUCUGGACUUCUUUACGGUUGACUUCAACGAGGAUAUAACAGCGUUUCACGGGCAAACACUACUGGACCAAGCGGAAUACUUGAAUGAAGCGAUCGCUUAUAUUUUAUCCUUAUACCAUGAUCCUCGCAGAUCAGAGCGAGACGCGGAUCUGCCAGAUCCAACGUCUGUCAUUAUUUUAGGACACUCAAUGGGCGGCAUCGUAGCCAGAACAAUGCUGGUGAUGCCAAAUUACCAAGCGAAUUCGAUCAAUACCAUCAUAACUAUGUCUGCGCCGCACGCAAGGCCUCCCGUCUCAUUCGAUGCGGAAAUCGUCCGAACUUACAAACAGAUCAACGAUUAUUGGAGGCAGGCUUAUUCCCAGAAAUGGGCAAACAACAACCCAUUAUGGCAUGUCACGUUGAUUUCCAUCGCCGGAGGUGGUCUUGAUAGCGUUGUGCCUUCCGACUAUGCUAGUUUGGAAUCGUUGGUUCCGGACACGCACGGCUUCACCGUCUUCACGUCCUCGGUUCCAAAUGUCUGGACCUCGAUGGAUCACCAAGCAAUUUUGUGGUGUGACCAGUUUCGCAAAGUUGUCGUUCAAUCGCUAUACGAUGCUAUCGAUGUUAAGCGACCCGCUCAGACAAAGCCAAGAGCGGAAAGAAUGCGGAUUUUUAAGAAGUGGUAUCUGACAGGGAUGGAGAGCAUCGCGGAGAAAACACUUUCUCAGAAAGAGCCCACAACCUUGCUUACGCUUGAGGAUAACUCAAACUCUAUCAUUCCUCAGGGAGAGCGUUUAGCGCUGCGGAAGUUGGGAGAGUCUCACAAGCCUCGCGCUCAUCUUCUGCCCAUUCCGCCUCAAGGCACGCCUGGCGGUAAGAGAUUUACACUUUUGACCGAUCAGAAGCUGGACAAGCCAGGAGAGUCUGGCAAGCUGGAGGUUCUCUUUUGCAGCGUCUUUCCACUCCACCCUGGCCAGUCUGCGACCCUAUUUUCGAUGAAUAUGGAUCUUUCAGGUGAUACCUCCGGGUCCACGAGGCUUGCUUGCAAAAACGCCGCGUCGGAUGUCAUUGCCCUUCCGGCAUCAACAAGAACAACAAAGCGGCCAUUUUAUUUGGACGAAGAAGAGGAAGUCCUGCCAUUCUCCUAUUUACAAUAUGAUUUGGAAGACAUUCUUGAGCAUCAAUUCGUUGCAGUUGUCGAUAAGGCAGUCGACCCAACUCCUGGUUGGGUGAUUGCCGAAUUCAGCGACAACGUCCAGUCGCAUCGCGUGCGCUCAUUGGGACUUCGGCGAUUGUUGGCUUUCGGAAUGAAAAUUAAGCUCCCCCCUAACCGGCCUAUGGUUGCAGAGGUCAAGAUCCCAGCCCUACACUCAAGCUUGCUUGCCUACACUCUUGAGAUGGGCAACCAAGUCUGUGGUGAGGACGCCGAACUCUUUACACCUCUUCUUCGGCAGUAUAUUUCAGAUCCAUACGAGUCGAAAUACUUCGUGAACGUCAAACAGGCAAAUAUCAACCUGCAUGGAGUUUCGCCGUUCAUGCCUCCACCACUCAAGCACAAGGCCGUGCAGGAUGGAUUAAGCCUUCAAUUCUGGACUGACCCAACCUGUAACUCGAGCGUUAAAAUAUCUCUCAAGGUUGAUGUACCCGGCAGCAUGGGGAAGCUUUACAUGCGGUAUCGCACAGUAUUCGCAGCUUUUCCGUUGCUUGUGGUGACAUUGGUGUUGAGGAAGCAAUUUCGAGUCUACGAUGAGACUGGAAUAUUCAUGUCCUUCAUUGAAAGUCUUGAUAUGUGUUUGCGACAAUCACUGCCUCUUAUGCUUGCUGCAUUGACCUGCCUUGCGGUAUCUUUCGCGCAGGCGAGCUCCGCUCCUCCCCGGGCUGCAGGUGGAUUUUGGGGCUGGCGUGGUAAUGCCACAGAAUCACAAGUUGAUUUCACGAAGAACGACUUGUUGGUCGGCUCCCAGGACCCAUUUUUUUGGUUUAUGGUACCGCUCAUAGGACUGGUGUGCGUUGGAGUCGUGGUAAUGGUUCAUUACGCAACUUUGGCCAUUACCUAUGUUUUCAGUAUCGUGUAUAGCUGGGUUAGCACUAAACCAGCUUGGUUGAGGAAUGAGGACAAGAGAAGAGCCACAUCGCCAGCUUUCGCUCCAUCUACCCCACGAAGGCGCGUUCUCACCACGGCCAUUCUGUUGUUCCUUGUGUCGACGGUAAUUCCAUACCAAUUUGCCUAUCUCGUCGCCUGUCUUGUUCAGAUAGCCACCUGUUCUCGCGCACUUCGCUUUGCCCGGGAAGCUCGAUCCAACACCAACUACAACUUUUACAACUACGCCCACUCCGUAUUUAUACUCAUGUUGUGGAUCUUACCUAUCAACUUGCCAAUCCUCGUGGUAUGGGUACACAACCUUGCCGUUCAUUGGCUUACACCCUUCUCAUCCCACCAUAACGUUCUAUCCAUUAUGCCCUUUAUCCUCUUAGUCGAAACUCUCACCAGCGGGAAGAUGAUCCCUCGAGUUACCUCUCGUUUACGAUACGUAACAAGCCUACUACUCUUCUUCAUCGCUGCAUAUUCCGCCGUGUACGGGGUUACGUAUGCUUAUAUGCUUCAUUAUAUAGUCAACCUCGCUGCUGCUUGGCUGGUGGCUGUCCAUUCCUCUAGCUCCUCCUGGUCUCUCGCCGGCCUGAGCACUAUCUUUGAAUCGGACACCAACGAGAAUUCAAGGAAACGAGGAAAGACUCCGUGA